UGUAGAAGGCCUGACAGAGCCAGCCAGAGAGAGAGCGAGGGAAAGGGAGAGAGAGACAAGAGAGAGACGGGAGAGACUCAGACACUGUGGAUCCAGACCUUGGGUUUUUAUUUCAUCACUCAGUCCAGCCAGCAACACCAUAGAGGAGGGAGGAGAAAGGGAAGAGGAGGACGGAAAGGGGCCUCAGUGACAGCAGGGAAAGUGAGAGACAAGGUGAAGGAGGAGAAGGAAGGAAGGAAAGGGAGAGAGGAAGGAGGCUGGGACAUGAGGAGGGGCGUCUGACUGACAUUAGUGCUCUCCUCAACAGCUCUCUCUCACACACACAGAUGUAGGCAGACACACACACACACACACUCGGCCUGAUUGUGCACUGCACAGUUGCUGCUCUUUUUUCUAAUAUCCUUUGCGGCGCCUUGUCCUCCAUCCUUUCUUCUCAAAGCAAGAGGACAAGAGAGACACAGGGAGAGGAGGAAGAGGAGGAGGGAAAAGGAGGAGGGUAGGCAGUAACCCUCUCCUCUCCAUUACUAGACACAGCAGAGAGAUAUAGGGAAAGAGGACCAACAGAAAGAGGCAGGAGCUUUCUCUUCUAUUUCUGCCGUCUCCUGUGGUCCCUUGGCCAGUGAGCGGCAAACAGGCUCCGCUCAUGUCCGUGAACUCAGAGAAAUCCUCGUCCCCUGAAAGGCCUGAGACCCAGCAGAAAGCCCCAGUGAGCUCUCCUCCUCCCCCGCCGCCCCCUCCGCCUCCGCCUGAGCCGACAGGGCCUCCAGAGCCGGAAGAGGAGAUCCUGGGCUCCGACGAUGAGGAGCAGGAGGACCCCGCAGACUACUGCAAAGGAGGGUACCAUCCAGUGAAGAUUGGGGAUUUGUUCAAUGGGAGGUACCAUGUGAUCAGGAAGUUGGGGUGGGGCCACUUCUCCACCGUAUGGCUAUGCUGGGACAUACAAGUGAAGAACUUUGUGGCGAUGAAGGUAGUGAAGAGUGCGCAGCAUUACACAGAAACGGCCCUGGAUGAGAUCAAACUGCUGCGAUGUGUGAGAGAGAGCGACCCCAUUGACCCCAACAAGGACAUGGUAGUCCAGCUGAUAGAUGACUUCAAGAUCUCUGGCGUCAACGGCAUACAUGUGUGUAUGGUGUUUGAGGUGUUGGGUCACCACCUGCUGAAGUGGAUCAUUAAAUCCAACUACCAAGGUCUGCCACUGCCAUGUGUCAAGAGCAUUAUCAGACAGGUACUGCAGGGUCUGGACUACCUCCACACAAAGUGUAAAAUCAUCCACACGGACAUAAAGCCUGAGAAUAUCCUGAUGUGUGUUGAUGAUGCGUUUGUCAGACGCAUGGCCAUGGAGGCCACUGAGUGGCAGAAAGCUGGCGCACCGCCGCCGUCUGGAUCAGCGGUUAGCACAGCGCCUCAGCUCAAACCGGUGAGUACAACAGAUGUGGGUAAGAUUUCAAAGAACAAGAAGAAGAAGCUGAAGAAGAAACAGAAGCGACAGGCCGAGCUGCUGGAGAGGCGGAUGCUGGAGAUUGAGGCUUUAGAGAGGGAGGCCGAGAAGAAGGAGGAGAAAGACAAAGACGGGGAAGAAAAAGGGGCUCUUGAACACAACCCGCCUUCACCGCUUCAGCCCAAGCCGCCGCCGAUCGGCCCCAGCAUUGCCCUGGGAGAGAGCGACGAGGACGAUGACGAUGAGGAUGACGGGGAAGACGAGGAGGAGGAGGGAGGAGACCGGGAAAGGCCAGUCAGGCUGACUAAUCAUACAUGUGCAGCACCUCCACAGGAGCAGAUCGAGGUACCUCACAUCACUGAUGACGACCCUGAAGAGGAGGGGGAGGACGAAGACGAGGAGCGAACGCCUAUCGCUGAAAAAGAAACCCCCAUUCCCCUCAUCUCGGAGGAAGGUAGUGGGGAGUCAACUCAAGCAGAGGUACCGAAAGAGGAGAGGGAGGAGGAAGGAUUGAACAGGACAGAGGGUGACAAUGCAGAAGAGGAGGAGAAGUUAGAAGAGGAGGAGGAGGAGGAUGACGAGGAGGACGACGACGACGAGGAGGAGGAGGAGGAGGAGGAGGAGGAGGAGGAAGAGGAAGAAGAGAAAGAGGAGGAGAAAGAGACUGAAAAAGAGGAGACUAAGAUAGAAGAGCCAAAGAGAGAAAGUAAAACAGAGGAUGAGGCAGUGUUGGAACAGGAGGAAUCAAAGGAGCAGUGUGACGAGGAUGAGGUGGAGAACGAGGAGGAGGACGAGGACGACGAGGAAGACGAGGAUGAAGACACGACCGCUGAGCUCCUCACGCAGAGCACCUCUCCUGUCAAGCCUCACAACAACAAAGCGAACACAGCCAAAACCAACGGUCACGUGUUGUUGGGCUCUGAGGGGCUGAAGCCGAACCCCAAUACUCCUCCACCCCCGUCUCCCACCCCAGAGCCUCUCCUCUGCCCCCUGGUGGAGUCUGAGCUCAGCUACACGGACAGGGAGUUCUCUCUCAGCUCUGGUUAUGAGAUGUACAACGGCGAGGUGGGCGAACGGAAUGAACGGGGCCUGACCAACGGCUCCAGCGAGCGCCAUCUGGGCAUAGAGCCCAUUUUCCCUGAUUUACCACUGGAUCCUGAUCCGGAAAACCCAAUAUCCCCCGGGACCGGAGACAUCGGAGCGGGACGUUCACCCAACAGCCCCACAGCUGACCGCAGUCGCACCGUGUCGUCCUCGAGCACAGGAGACACACCUAAAGUCAAGGCCAGAGCUGCCGACCUCCUCAUCAACCCACUGGACCCUCACAAUGCUGAGUUUAUUCGAGUCAAAAUUGCUGAUCUGGGAAAUGCCUGCUGGGUGCAUAAGCACUUUACAGAGGACAUCCAAACGAGACAGUACCGUGCCAUUGAAGUCCUGAUAGGAGCUGGUUACAGCACUCCUGCAGAUAUCUGGAGUACUGCCUGCAUGGCAUUUGAGCUUGCUACCGGAGAUUAUCUGUUUGAGCCUCACUCAGGAGAGGAUUACUCCCGUGAUGAGGACCACAUAGCUCAUAUCAUAGAGCUGCUGGGCUGUAUUCCGAGGCACUUUGCACUCUCCGGAAAAUAUUCCCGGGAGUUCUUCAACAGAAGAGGUGAACUACGGCACAUCACCAAGCUGAAGCCAUGGUCCCUGUUUGACGUGCUGGUGGAGAAGUACGGCUGGUCGCAUGAAGACGCCGGCCACUUCACUCAUUUCCUGCUGCCCAUGCUGGAGAUGGUACCCGAGAAGAGGGCCUCGGCCGGCGAAUGCCUCAACCACCCAUGGCUCAACUCGUAGCUACAAACUAUGAUCAGAUGUCCUUGUCUUCUUGUCCCCGAUCAGUUAGCCCAAACAUUACCCCACUGUGGGCAGCCUGUGGAACAGCAGUAUGGAGAGAAGCUGGAGACGGACGGAGUAGAUGAGAAAGACUUCUUCUUUCCUGCCCUAUCCCAGACAUCCACCCAUACUUGCCCAUUUGACUAGGCUUAACUCCUACACAGCUCCCUCCUUUUUUCCUCCCGAAAGGAACAUGAAGACAAGCUUAUGGAGAUAACGCGACAUAGUAACUGUGUCUUCCUAAACAUCUCCCCCAGGUCAUUUGAGGAUGGAGGCUGCUCACGUCGUAAACGAGAGAAGUCGGCGCUCUUGUCUGAAAGAGAUAUGCUUUCUUCUUCUCGUCUGUUGUCAAGUUAUCAGCCGGUCCUUUUCAUUGAUCCGUCUCCUCCAGAAUCUCAGACUGACUUGUUUGAAUCGGGAGGGGGCUGAUCCUUUCAGUGAUGUGAUAGAAAAGUCAACGAGGCGCCCUGUCGCAGGCCCAGAGCUCCAUCUGCCAUGACCUCCACAUAGCCAGGGUCUCAAAGACAAUGACAAAUGUGUGGAUGUUGAGUGAGAGAAUGAGCGUUUAUGCCUGUGCUCAACAUCUGCCGACAUAAACCCUUUCCUCUCUUUCUAGUCCAGUAGCUCCUCCUUCACCCUUGUGUGGAAGAAACUACCAUAUUGGACAAAACGUUUACACAGUGAUUUCUUCCAAAUAUCCAGCCCUUUUAAGCCCUUCAUUACCUGUUUGGGUGCCUACUUCCUCCCCUCCUACCUGAGCAUCAAGCUCCUUCUGGGGGCCAUAAAGAGAGAACUGGAGGACAGCCAGUCCUCCAGGGGGCACCACACUGACACAGACUGCUAAAAAAAAUUGGGGGUGAGCAAAAGAUGGAAAAAUCUUGUAAUGAGUGGAUGAAGGACUGUUCAGUGUUAAAGGACUAUUUUUUAAAAUGCAUGGAGAGACUGAUGGAUCAGCAUGAGAGGAUUAUGACAAAUGGAGAAUGGAUAUAUUAUUUUCUUUGUGCAUUUUGCUGGUUUCAUCGCCCCUUUUUGGGACAUUCAGUUAGAAAGAAUUAUAUAAGGUUACAUCAGAAUAUUUUGGUGCCCCUCUGAGGAAGGUCACUGUGUUAACAACCACUGCUUCUUCAGCCUUUGACAUUCCUAAAUCCUGGUCUGCUGCCAUCAUCAUCCCUCACUCUUAGUUACAAAAACAAUUCCGUUACGUCCUGCUGUAACAUGUUGGCACUAUCCUCCACUCUCCCCCUACCCCCCCACAGAGACACUUUGAUCCCUGACGGUCACGCGGAGGUUGCACUUGUCUUUGUAAAUGUCCUGCAGGGAUUUGAAACCUUUGUACAUAGAAAUGAGAUCUGGCAACGCUGCUGAGCGACCGUGAACAAAGUUUCAACCGUCAUUAAAACAAAAAAAACAACAACAAAAAAACAGACACUGUUUUGGGCAGAACAUGACUUCCUCUAGCACAGUGGAGUUGGGGAGAGAGUGGGCCACCAUUGCUUGGCCCUGGAGGAAUGUUCAAACUGAACUGUACCACCUGGUGGCCGAAUGAGCGUACUGCAUCGGCACACUCAGCUGCUGCUGCUCUCGGUGCCAACGCUUCAAAACGUUCCACUAUUUAUCUCCACUUAAUCUCUAUUUCUCUGUUACACACACACACACAAACUUGCAUUAUCUCAAUUAGUCCAGUUGCCUAUUUUUCGCAAUAAAUGAAAAAAAAGAUGAGUAUAAGUAAAUGGUGAGAUAUUUUUAAAAACUAUUUAAUUCAUUUAAAAAAAAAAGAGAGAGAUUAAAAGAAAAAUUUUCUCUGGUUGUUGUGACUGUGACAGAAUCUCGUCUUAAUCUGAGGUGAUUGUGUUUGUCUAUUAGAGAUGUUUUUGUUUUUUUGUCAUUAUUAUUAUUAUAUUAUAAUUAUUAAAAUAUUUUUUACUCAGUUGUCACUGCUCCCCUCCCUCCUUACUUGAACAUUGCUGCUCUGUCUGGGCUCUCGAUGAAAAAAAAGAUCAACAAUUUUGCAAUAAAAAGGUAUUUGAUUUUUUUUUUUUUUUCACCAAAACCUCCCGAUCUCGCUCUUUCAGCCAUGCUGACUGUUCUUCCUGAUGACAUUGACAGAUUUGCGUCUCUUGUCUGUUUUUCAUUGACAGAUUUAAUAAAAUUGUAAAUUAAUGGA